AUGCAGUUGCCACAAGAAUUCAAUACUUCAUCCAAAACAGAUGGUCAGCAAGCUUGUAGGUUACUUAAGUCAUUGUCAGUUGGUACACCAGUUGAAGCCAAUCAAAAACUCACCUCAACAGUUUUUGAUAAGAUUUUAAGUAUGCAAGAUGAGCAUUCAAAAGUAAAGGAAGAUGCAUUAUUGGAUGAUCCUGGUGUAUAUCAGAGAUUGGUUGGAAGACUGUUGUAUUUGACAGUCACCAGACCAGAUGUGUCAUUUCCAGUUCAAAACCUCAGCCAGUUCAUGCAUUCUCCUAAACAAUCUCGUAUGGAAGCUGCUGUUAGAGUGGUCAGAUAUCUCAAGCAAGUACCAGGAAUGAGAGUGUUAAUGUCAUCCAAUCAACUACAAACUUAUUAUGAUGCAGAUUGGGCAUCUUGUCCAUCUACUAGAAGAUCAAUUAGUGGUUACUUGGUGAAAUUAAGAGACUUUCUUAUCUCAUGGAAAUCAAAGAAACGGGCCACAGUUUCCAGAAGUUCAACUAAGGCAGAAUACAGAAGUCUUGCAUCUGUUAUGGCAAAAAUUGAAAAAAUCCAACUUGGGCUUAUUCAGACAGUUUACUUGGCUUCUGCAGAACAACCUGCUGAUAUAUUCACUAAAGGGUUGCUAGCACCUUAG